UUUCUUGUAACUUUCAGUGAUGCGACAAUCAGAAGAACAGAAGAAAGGAGAGGAGAAGAAGAAGGAGGGAAAGAAAGGGUCAAGGCAUACAGAUGACCCUGAGGGUUGGUCAGUUCCUAAAGGAAAAGAACGUUUCAAGCAUCACACUUAUGAAGAGCCACCCGAUGUCUCUCCUCCCAUCAGAAGAUCUGAAACGCCCGACAGUUACGUCGGGGAAUCAAGCGAUGAACUCAAUGGACACUCUCCAGCAAGCAUGUCACCUUCACCUCAUCGGCAGGUCAACUAUUCCAAAGAUCACCACUCAUCAUCGCCGAUGUCGUCAGAGAGCGCGGAUGACACCUACCCACCGAUGCAUUCCUCCUCAUCUCAGAACCACCGUCAGCAGACACCACAGCACGACAGGAGACCGACGGCUGAGUAUGACAACCCUUGGGAGUGGAGCAACAUGAAGAUGGCUAAACUUGGUCCUAGUCCAGAAGGAUUGGAAGGUCCAAGAGGGAGGAGCAGGUCUGAACUUCCUGCUAACAGGGUGAUGAGGACGAGUCCUGAGUCGGAUACCAGACCAGGGGAUGAGUACGACGCACCCUGGGAGUGGAUGCCUAUGAAUAGAAAACUUUCACAAGCUAUCACAGACAAAGAGAAGCACCAUGCGGGGCGUAUCUCACCCCUCCCGGAGACUCCUACUAGGGGAGCUAAGAAGGGUAACAUGAAGCUAGAUAUCAAGUCAAGACCGGUAGAAAUGCCAGGAGAGCCUGUAGAUCCUAAUAUACCCCUCACACAUCAAACGUGGUAUCACGGGAAGCUUUCAAGAUCAGAUGCGGAGAAGAAGUUAAAAUUAUGUGUUGAAGGCAGCUACUUGGUUAGACAGAGUGAGAGUGCAGCAAGGGAUUACUCAUUAUCAUUAAAGAGUGCAAAGGGUUUCAUGCAUAUGAAGAUCGUCUUCAACCAUCAAUCAGACGGCUACAUCCUAGGAGAGUUCAGCAAACCAUUCCCUAGUAUCUCAGAAAUGAUCUGCUACUACACCAGGCAAAAGCUCAACAUCAGGGGCGCCGAGCACAUGGCGUUGCUACACCCGGUCAUAGACCAGCUACUAUAGGACCUGUCCUGGAUGUAGAACCCUGUAGAAGAUAGACUGUUCUAGAAAGACUGACUGGCAGUGAUUGGGACGAAGAAUAUGCUUUAUCAGUUUUUCUCCCUCUCCAUCUGUCUUCAAUAGAUGGAUUGAUGGAGGCAGAGCAAACAAAAGAAUAAAUAUUAGUCCUCAAAAGUCCAGAGGAGUCCAUCUUCUCCGUGUUUAGCCUGUCCUGGUGCUCCGGAUUGUCCCAGAAGAGGCUCUGGACUAUCUGAUAGUCCAGAGGGUUUACUGUCUGCAAGAAAAGCCAGCUACUGAGAUCCAUAUUGCCCCAGUCCAGGUCUAACAGAUAGACUAAAUUAAAUGUUGUUGGAGAUAUGUAUGGUUAGGAACACCCCUGCAGAUGACCUUUCCUAGAAAAAACUGUUCCAGAAACAUGGAAGCUUGAAGGCGUGAAGACAGUUUCUGGACACAUACCGGACACUGACGCAGGCCGAGGAUGAUGCUUGGAAGGUACAACUCCCACUCUGUGAAAGACACUAGAAUGGAAAAACAAACAGCUUUGAGAGUACUGUGUAAAUAUUUAAAAGAAAUGAAGUUAUGGCAGUUUUCUUUAAAAGGAUAUUGUUUGCAGCUGUCAUCGACUUUGAGAGGGGAAUGAAAGGAAGGAUGGCCUGCAACAUGGUGAUUGUCAGAGGUACACCCAGACAGCAGCUGGCUAGACUGUUGCUGCUUCUGGUGUGAAGUGAUAGACAUGGCAAUGUUUGGAAGGGAUUUGCUACAAUUGGAGCAAUUUAGUAAGCUCUACACAUACUGAAGGAUGAAUGGAUGGAUGGAUGUCAAUCAAGUAUGUCAGGGACUUACUUCCUUCUGCUUCUAAACGUGCAUUGAUAUUUGCCACCUGUAGGUUUAUUGAUAAUGAAACAGAGGAUAAAACGUUUUUGGUGCUACCCAUGAUGGGUAGUAUGUAACACAGGAAAGGCAUAUAUCUAUCAAAGACUUAUCUUUCAUCACAGAUACAAAAGCUAUGGUGAUUAUAAAUAUGAAAUUAUAAUUAAAAAAAUGAAGUGUGCUAUGAUUAUAAAGAAGCAAAGAUAUAAACUGAUAAUGGUGUAUGUGGUACUUUAUUUGGAAUCAUACUACAUGUGUUACAGGGUCAUCGUAGUGAUACACUAAUGUAGACAUUUGCAUAUGAUGUAAGCUUAUUCAAAUCAUCUCUCUGUGGACCAUUCUUCUUUUUCUUUUUUUAAUUUUUAAAAACAAUUUCUCAUUUGAAACAGAUAUCAUUUAUUGGCAAGAGGACGUAGUUCGACAUGGUAUAUUUUUUUCCAUGCAAGUCAAUGAUGAUGACAAUGGAUACAAUUUUGUACUUAGAUCUCCCAAAUCUUUAAAUAACGUUCUUCAUCAUGUGUUGGAGAAGCAUUGCUGAGACAUGUUUCAGCGUGCAAGGUCAUUAUUCAAAUAUUCAAAUGAAGGUAGACAGCUGUGACACUUUACGAUGUCAUCUCACAUGUAGAUACAGAUUGAAGAUGGCAGGUUCCGUCUUCCAAUAAACCAAGCUUGAAUGCAGUGCAACACUAUAUGCAAUAUUAACAUACUUUGAUGUACAUGGAAUAUUCUUUGCACGAUGUGACUUGUUACAUGGUGAUUCUCUUUUCCAAGUUUUCUCUAUUUUACAUUUAUAGUGAAUUGGUACAUAUACAUGUAGAUUAGAUUUCAGUGAUUAAAAGUACACCAAAGUACAGAGGAUAUGAUUUACAGCGGUUUCAAGCUUUGAAAAAGUUGGCAAAAUGGCAAAGUUGAAAAAACAAACAAACAUAAUCUAGAAAUGGAAAUGUUAUUCCUAUUUUUGAUUGAAUGUUAUUAAAAGUUAAAGCAUCAGACCAUUGAGGGAUAAAUAAAAUUUAGAUUUAAAUCUAAAACCUAAUUGAUUUGUAGCAGAUUGUGACGCCAUCUGUACCAUGGUGAAAUCAUUUGUACGGUAUACAUUCAAAUUACCAAAGGAAUCUACAUGUUUUGUGGCAGUUUUGACUUCAAACCCUGGAUGGAUUUACCUUUAACUUGGCCUUAAGCUAGAGAUCAGUGAUGUUUGCAAACACAACAAGUGUGUAGUCCCAUGUGUUUGAUAUGGUGCACAGCUCACUGAUCCCUGCCUGCCUGCAUGCAUACUGCAUACGUUCAAACAGAUUUCUUGACUAUAGCCUAGGCAUGAGAAAGGCAUGCACAAGUGCUGUGUACAAGUGCUUUCCACUCAUAGCAAGAGAUCAUUAUCAUGGUAAUGAGGCAGUCCCAUGUGCAGUGAAUCGUGUCUUUCCCAACUCCCAAAGUGCAUACAUUUUCAGUCCCUGCAAUAAGCUGGAGGAGCUUGACGUGAUAGACAACAUUUCGACCUUUAGACGAUAUAUGAUGCAUGCUUGCAGCCUAGGAUCAAUACUCUUUCUCAACUUGGUAAUUGUGUAGUCCCUCUCGUCCAAAACCGUGUCAUGUUUCAGGAAGAGGAGGUUUAUAUUCCAUGGGAUAUAGAUCAACUGUGUGCAGUUUCCUUAUGGCACAUAAUAACUUAGUCCCAAGUGUGAAAUUGAUUGUCUUUUUUUAUCUUUCGGUGGUGAGAGGGUUAAGAUCGACUCCCAUGCAGGCAAGGAUUCCAGUCAUAUAUUCUAGAGUUAUUUGACAUCAUUUUAAAGACUUUUCUAAAGGACAUUCACCUGUAGAGCAGAACAUAAUAAAAAUAAACAUCCAAUAAAGGUAUUUAUCCCAAAGAAAGUAGCUUACUAGUUAGCCAUGCAUAUACACCUUUUUUCAUGCGUAUGGUAUUUUUUAUAUGGUACUAUCACUAUAUAUUCUCUGUAUUGUCAAUGGAUCAUGAAAUAUUUUGUCUUUCUGUUCAUUAUUUCAGAGCAUUUUUCCUCAUGUUUAAUUUCAAUGUGCAAUGUACAUGUACCUUAUUUAAAAGUAUUGAUUUUACACUUUUUUUUGGAGAUAUUGCUUUUCCUCUUUUCAUUGCCUUUAUCUCUCCUCACAAUGAAUUCACUUUUGGUGGAAUACUCUGUGAAUCUAUGUCAGGCAAUCAUACAUUAAUGCUCCUAGAACUUUUACAGUGUUUUGGGUUGAAUUCUGUUGAAAGAAAUAUUUUCCUGCAUUCCUUAACAUUGAAGAUUGCAUGGAUUUUUUAAAUGUAGAAUUUCUUAUUCUAUUAUUUCAUGCUAUAUUAUUUUAUAUAUAACCCAAUAAGAUCUUAUUUCCACUGUUUCAACAUGUAAACUUGAUCUCUUUUUGUUACAAGAAAUAUUUUUUAUAUUGUUUUCAGGAAGGUACGCUAGAUUAACUUUGUAAUUAAUGUUUUGUAAUUUUACAUUAUUGAACACUUUCAAGCAGAGCAUUCAUAAAUCCUUUCAGUUUUCUUUGUAAUCAAGUAAUCUGAUCUGUUUCUCAUCAUCGGAUCUCUUUUCAAGAAUUGAAAUACAGUUUCUCUUUCUGUGAGCUAUUGUCGAUUGUAUGUCAGAGGCCGUCUGGCGAUCCUUUCUAUGUCAUUUCAUAUUUUGCUGCAGAUCGCCUAAUUUGUCAGCAGUGACGAAUUUCGGUCUUAUUUUCAUUUAUUUUGUCAUAAUUAAAAAAUCCGGGGGAUACUUGUUUCUACAUGUCAGUAGAUUAUUUGUUUGUCUGGCAAAUGUCACCACAAAACAAUUAUCUAAUUAAAAUUUGUCUGUGUCCAUGUCCCAACUUUUAUUGAAGUCUUAUGUAAACAGACUUUCACAGAGAUAAUAAGAUGGAUCUCACUUUCAGCACGGAAUCAAACGUUUCUUUUCAUGGUAUCUUUCUCUCUGUGGAUUCUAUCUUUAGAUCUCAAAGACAUUGUGGUUAGUGACAAUGAAUACUGACAUGAGCAUGUAAUUAUUGUAGCCCUCCUUUUCUUACACCCCUCUCCAUACCUCCCUCCACCAAACCAUGAGGCUGUGGCAGAAAGCCCAUUACAAAGACGAGCCGAAACCUGAUCCGCCUCCUGGGACGGCUGCAUGUGUCGUCCGACCGAUGAUUCAGCGCGGCCUUUCUUGCCCGCCAUGAAUGCUAAUUGUGGUGUCGCACCAGUCGGUGGAGACUGGCUAAUGCUCGAGAGGUCCUUUGAAAUAUUAUCUUCCUUAGAAUAGUCUCCCCAGACUUCUUUUUAUCUGGGAGAAAGUCAUCUCGAAGACUGGCCAGAGUUUGGCCAGCCUUUUCCUUUCUCCCUCUGUCUCUUUCCUCACUCUUUAGUCCUUUCUUUUCUUUAAUUCUCUGUUCUGUCUCUCUAUCUCUCCUUCACUUCCCCUCCCUUCUCUCUCUCUCUCUCUCUCUCUCUCUCGAAUCUAUUUUUUUGGGGGGAAAGGGUGAGAAUGCAGCAGAUGUGAGGUCCCCAAAUGAAUGAGAUGAGAAAUGCAAUUUCAUAAUGAACUGUUAACUAUAUUUAUUGAGUAUCAUCCCAGUUUCCCAAUCAAGUUACCCUGCCUGCCUGUGUAAAGGGGACCUGACAGGUGGUGACAAACAUUCGAGGGCAAGGUAGUCAGAAAUACUAAACUUUGAAAAACUUUCAAUUCCUUCAAAUAUGUCAUAACAAAUAUUCAAAUUCAAGUAUAUGCAUAGGACCUACUUGUGUUAAGAAUUUAAGUAGAAAAAUAAACAUUGUUCUUCAAAAUUUCGGUUUUGCUUUGAUAUUUCUUUUUUCUAAUUUUUUUAAAGGGAAUGAAAUACAUAUACAUGUAAUACAUUUAUAAAGAAAACAAUAGUGAAUUCAAUCAGCAAGGCACAAGUAGUGCAUGCUCUAAUUUUAGGUGUCUUCUCCUCUAUGUUUUAUAUUUGUGUGCACCCCCCCCCCCCCCCCAACCCCUCUGGUUGAUAACAUGCAUCUCAUGCCCAUUAGGUUUCCUGUAAGUGAAGCUCCUAUCCCACCCCAGGCUGAGUAAGAUCAUCACUAUACUCCUCAGUCAGUGAGCUUGAGUGCUCUAACUCUCUUUGCAUCAGGUAACACGACUCUAUACUAAAAAGCAUGAUGAAUACCCCUUCUGCGCCUUUCCCGGAAAAAACACUGUUGCCCUAAUAUGUGACGACGGCCAAGAAGAUAUGAAAUUCCAGAGCUUCUAUCGAUCCUUGAGCAUUAUGGUUGAAGCUAGUAAUCAAAUCUUGAAGCAUACACUUUGCUUGUUGCAGAUUGUUAGCAUCCAUCUUGUUUUUGAUGUGGAGAAGGACGAUCAGUUUUCACUCUCAUACAGGCAUGGAAAACUAGUCUAAUUAAUGAUGGAUUUUUGUUUAGACUCGUUGUAAAGGUGCUAAGGGCUGAAUGUAGGCACAUUCUAGAACUAAGGUUGCAGGGUGAUGUUGCUGAAAUUAUAAAGAUCUCCUCCUCAUUACAACUCAUUUAGUCCAUUUUUCAAUUUCUAAUGCAAAAUAUGCAAUUUUUGACGGAUGUGAGAACCCCUUGUGAAACCUCUUUUUUUACUGUGACAAUUAAAGUAUGAAACUUCAUGUUUCACACACUAAAUACUGUCAAACCAAGAAUAGAAUUGAGAUGAAACUUUCAUGAUUUGUAAAACAAGGGUGAUUCUGAUGACAAAACAUUUGCGAUAAUUAAGUGUUAGGUAUGCCAGUUGUGAUUUCAAUUUAUCUGGGCAUGGAACUCACAGU